AUGGCGCCCUCGAAAGUUGCCCAGCUACAGAAGGGUCGCGAUGUCGACUUGGCUGAGCCCUUUGACAAAGACACUCGAAGGAUCUUGCAAAAGACCGUUGCCGACCUGAUGCGCAAGAGAGGCCAGAUUAACAGCAAGAUGACGAAGGCAUUGGAGAGUACCAGUCAGUCUAGCGAUGCUCAGUAUCAGGAAAAUUUCCUACUUCAGCUCUCACUCCGCGAGAAGGCCAAAGAGAAAAAGUUCAUCCGCCGUCAGACCAAAGUCCUGGAUGGGAGACAGAAGAUGCUGGACAUGGAUCCUUCGGACGCUAGAGAGAGGGAUGUCGACCUACUCAAAAGCCUUCUGUCGAAAUUGAGAGACGAAUCCAGCACCUCGAGCGAGGGACUCAAGCACAAAUCAAAGGACGGCGACAGUUCUUCCGUUGACUGGGACACUGAGGGUUCGGAAGACGAUAAUGACGAUUACCACAGCGCUCUCGAGAAUGAUCUGAGUGCCAGUCCUCUUAAGGACAAGGAUGUCGCGGUGAUUGGCAGUACGAAGAAGGAGAAGCGAAAGCGCGACGAUGAUACCCCCCAACCCUCCAAGAAGUUGAAGAACGGUCAUUUCGACAAGGACACCCAGCUACAGGGAGAAAAGGCUCAGCAUGACGGUGACAGCAAGCGCAAGAAGAAGCACAAAAAGCCCAAGAGCAUCUCACCUAUUGAGAUGAGUACCGAGGACCACCAUGACAUCCCGAAGGCCAUUUCACACAGUAUCACAGUUAAUGGCGUCGAGCAUGCCGAGGACACUAGCUCUGGUUCUGAUGUCGCAAAGGGACUGAAGAAGACGAAGAAGAAGUCCAAGUCCAAGUCAGCCAUAGCUAGUCUUGUCGAACACGGAAACGAAGCUGAUAGUGCCGAGGCUUCGCCUAUUCACCAGAAGGCCGAGGGCCAGAAGAACGCAUCUGCAAGGUCUGCCGAGGUGAAGGGAAAGAAGGACAAGAAGAAGCACAAGAAGUCUCGUUCCCAUGCUGUUACUGAUAUCGGCAAAGAGGAGCAGGGCCACGGUUCUGAGGCCGUCCCCACUCCUGAAGUAUUCGACAUGAAGGACACGCCUGUUCUCACUCGCGAGGCCAAGAACGACAAGAAAAAGAAGAAGCAGAAGAAGACCAAGCAUACAGAGUUUGCCCCUGCUAUUACAGUCAUCAACGACGUCAAUGAACACGAGCAACUGAGUGUGGCUGAAGCUAGCCCCGGAAGUGAGAACGCCAAGGAUGGCGAGGUACCCAAGAAAUACAAGAAACCCAAGAAGGCGGGACAAGUCUCGGACAACGUUGUCGCCAAGGAAGACAAGGCCAAUACUGAGCGAGGCACCCCGAUUCACAAUGCAAAGGUCGCUGAGCUCACGGUUGUUGAGGGAAAGAAGGAAAAGAAGCUGCGAAACAAGUCGCUCUCGAUCGCCGAGAAGGAUGAACAGUCCGCCACGCCAGACAAGAUCAAGGAUACCAAGACCUCCAUCGACGGCCCCCAGAAGGCGACGUCGUCCCCCAGCACAGCGUUGAAGGGACCUACUCGCAUUCCUAUUCCAGCCACUCCGGACAAUCGGGGAUCUUUCAUUCGCACAGCUGGCCGUACGCCUUUCAACCCUUUCUUGAACUUGAAGCCUCACAGCGUUCAGCAUCCUGCGCCUAGCUUCGUUCCUGAGAAGUCGCCGAAAUCUCCGGGUGGCCAGGUCUGGGUUCUUGACACUACUGGAUCGCGCAAGCAGAACAAUAUUCAUGAGGACGACGCGAAGAGCGUGACCCUGACCAUUGGCAAAGUUGACACCCCACACAAGUUCGAUCAGGGCUCCCCGACGCCCCCUCCCAAGAAGGAGCAGAAGAAGCGAGGACGGCCCAAAAAAAUCAAGGAGCCUCUUGCCCCUGUGAGCCCUCACCGCGCGGGUUCCGCUACCAAGGCUACAACUUCACGUGCGCGUGCCAGCAGCGACCUUGCUGCGCUUUUGGGCAGCCCCAAGCGAGCCAAGAAGCUCCAGAAGGUGCUCAAGGAUGAUAAGGCAAUGCUCGAGCAAGAGAAGAAGAGCUGGUACAAGGCGGUGGGCUUGGAUUACAAGGACUGA